CCGCGUCCUCAUGCCCUCGAGAUCAUGUCAGUACACAACAGCGGCGUCAAGACUCAACAGGCCAAAUGUCGAAAUGUCCACAACGUUUCCGUCUGCAGAGCCGGAUCUAGCAUAGAAAGACAAUUCCCACUUAUCUGGCGAACAACUGUUACUCGCAAGGCCGCGCCGUUUUCACCCAAGCUUGACCGAAAACGAUUCUCCCUGCUCUCAAGAUGGUCUCACUCUUGCCGCCCCUGCGCGGGAAUGCAUCCUAGCACGGAAUAAUCGACGUUUGGUACCGAUUGUCUCCAGUAGCUCGGAAGGACGUGCCGGAGGAGAGCAGAGCAAGGUCUGGACGGGUAUGCACACAUCCCAGAGUGUCUUUCCCCAGGUCGCAGCUGCACGCCUCUGAUGAGAAACACUUGCGGAGACGCUAUACCGCUCCCAGCUGAGCUCGACUCGUCUGCAUAAAAGCCAUCUCUGGGGGCGGAUUGUGUCGUGUGGGGAUCCAGGCGUAUCAUACAGCAUGAGCACUUCCCGCUUCACUGCAAUCCUUAUCACGACCUCUGUGAUCAUCCACACGCUGCUCGCGCAUGCGUCGCCGACGUUCAUCGGCGGGGCGUACCGCGAGCCGCGCUCAAGCGAUCUGACGACGUUGCACCCAACGCUGCACCCCAACGACGACCCCAGCGACCUGAACAACCUCAAGGGCGACCACCACACAGCGCUGUACUACGCAGCAUCCCCCGACUCGGCGGUCCAAGGCGCGGCGCUGAUCCAUAUGAAGCACCGGUAUCCCACCGUCCUGGUCGAGCGGUCGCACUUCGUCUCGUCUGUCACCUGCGAUGCCGCGUCCUCCACCAUCACGGUCAGAUUCUCGCACCCGGCGGCGUACGACACGGCCAAGGCGGACUGGGCAGCGCACAAGGACGGAUUCUUCCUCGUGUCGUACGUGCCGGGGUGCGGCGCUGGCACGACGUCGUCUGAGCGCUCGUUCCACCUGGUGUCUGGGACGCUCAAGACGGACGACAAGCAGCGGACUAUCGAGUGCCUGAUGGAGACUGUGCCGAUUCACGACACGGUGCACCCGAACGAGGAGAUCCGCGUGCAUGCGGCAACCUAUACACUGGAGAAGCCCAAGAGUCCGUACAGAGAUGCCGUCCAUGUACCCCACAUGGUGCAGGCGCGGGAUCUGGUGGUCACGCAGUCGGACUUGAGCAGUCGCGGGUUCUCGUUUGGUGACAUUAUUAAGAUCGCGAUCAAGAUCAACCCGGUGCUCAACUUUGCCGUCAACGUCGUGGGCAAGCUCAUCAAGUUCAAUGAGCACCCCAAGAAGACCGGAACGUUCCGCAGCCAGGAUGUCGUUCCGUGGAAGGACAAGUUCAAGAAACCAAACGACUCGUAUUUGCUCUACGAGUAUCCACCGAAGAAACCCGGUUCGGGGAAGAAGAGCUCCUCUCAGGCUGCGGGUGGCAGUUCCUCGGCCAGCAAGAACGCGACCAGUACGACCACCAAGUCGAUCCAGUUCUUCUGCUCCCAGUGUGGUGUCCGUGAGUUGCUCAUUCGGCGAAUUGCUUCGGGGAGGCCGACUUCCGUUGCAGAGGCCACUAUCCGAUUCAGCGCCAAUAUCGUCGGGACUGUUGCCGAUGGGUUCACACAGGCCGACGUGCAGUUGGAUGCAGAUGUCAACCUGAGACUGGUGCUUGGGAUCAAAGCGACGUACACGUACAAAGACAAGAAAGAGCUGGAUCCCAUUGGAGGUGUCAUUCCAGGCGCUGGCCUCGAGGUUCCGAAAGUGCUCAAACUGGGACCAGAAGCCAACGUGGUUCUGGGAAUCGACUACUCGAUCAAACUGGAGGGCAUGCUCGAAGCCGGAUUCGAGUGCGCGUGGAAAGGCGUCGGUGCGAAACUCGACUUCAAAGACGCGUCGAACUCGGGGAUGAUCGGCACCUGGGACCUCAGCUCGGCCUGCCACCCGGUCUUCGUCCCCGAGGCCGCGCUUACGAUCACUGUCUCGCCUUUCAUUCGACUCGAGGUCGCGCUGACGGCGUCGCUGUUCCCCGUGAUCCCGGUGAGCUUCCUGACGGGCAAGGCGGCGAUGAACGACCAGGUGUCGCUCGUGCUCGAGGGCAGCGUGUCGACCAAGGCGGGCAAGUGCGCCGCGCGGCAGCCGCGGUUCACCGGGAAGCUGAAGAACGAGCUGUAUGUCACCGCGCUCAAGUUCAAGCCGCUGCAGCUGCUGAAUCCGCCGCUGACGUUCCCGCUGUUUGAUGAAUGCGUCGGCAAGGCCUCUUCCUCGAGCAGCAGCAGCAGUGACUCUGGUUCAGCUGACGAGUCUACUCCCGGCGGAAGCUCGUCUGUGAAGGGCGGAACGACGACAUACAACGACGACUCGGAUGGCAAUGACCCUUCUGCGAACGAUCGCCCGGGUGGGAACGACGGGAUUGGACGUCGGCAGGAUUCGACCGAUCUAGGAGGAGCGCCUGAUGGGUCCGGCGGUGCCGAUUCUUCGGAUGCUGGUGAUCAGUCCGCUUCGGAUGAUCCAUCCGCCUCUGCUGAUCCUUCAGCUGCUGGCGACUCUUCGGCUGGCGAUGGUUCUUCCGGGGCGAGCGAUCCAUCCACCAGCGACCCAUCCAGCUCUGGAGCCACCUCGGACAACGAUCCAUCCCCAGCUGCAUCGUCGUCUGAGGAUACCGGUUCCGGUUCUGGCACAUCGAUCCCGACCAACCUGCAGUGCGAGAAAGCGCGUCUGCAGAUGGACUGGAUUGUCGAAGGCAGCGUGGUUGUGACCCGCAUGGAUGGAUCGGACCCCUAUAACGGGUGGGUCAGUCAGGACGGGCUGACGUACGGCACUGCGCCCGCCGCGGCCAUGGUCCUGUACACCGUCCCAACUCAAGCAGGCACGGGCAAGCUGGUCGUUGCCGCGUCGCCUCCAGAUGGGGGAGUUCAAUUAUACUUCUACACCGCCGACGAUGUGCGUCAGUCGCCCAAUCCGUACGCGGUGGCGCUGGACCCGGGCGAUCCGAGUGAUUCGUCGCCUUCGAGCCCCGUUUUCUAUUACACGGCGCUGUGCUUGAUGGCGGAUGGGACGUCGCAUGUGUUCCUGACGACGAACCCCGCGCAGAGCGAAGGCGGGCUCGCUCAGAGCCUGGCUGAUCUCACCGGCGGCUCGACGAGCUGUGGCUAUUUCCCGUUUACGCAAUAUAUGCAGCAGAUGUGAUCUGAAUUUAAUCAGUUGGGCGCUCUGGCAGCAUCAUAAUAUCACUCUCUCGCAGUUCUAAUCGGGGCCCAUGAAAAUGGUGCAAGACUGAAUGAA